CACUGCCCCUCCUGCUGGAGCCAAUAGAGUAUUUAAUUCGAGCGCGCCGCUUGCUUGGGCUGUCAUUCCUGGGGAGGCAGUCUGAGAGGAAUACUGGUGAAUAUGGCUGCUGUAACAUGUCUGUUGGCCUUGCUGUCUGUUGUGGUGGCAGUGAAUGGCCACAGUUACCACCUUGGAGGAUGCCCCACUGUUGAUCCAAUGCCGGACUUUGAUGUCAACAGGUUCUUGGGCAAAUGGUAUGUCAUUCAGAAGACAUCAACAGGCAGCACUUGCCUGGUCAACAACUAUGCUGUAGACACUAACCAUACUGGCCACUACUUGCUGGAGCAGCGCAGCCAACACUUUAUUCUUGGAAUGACAUCUGUGGACCAUGUCUAUCGCUACACUGGAGAUCUGACGAUACCUGACAAGCAAACACCUGGUGCUAUGCGAGUCAGAUUCCCUCUCAGCAUUGCCGGCAGUGCAAGCUACACAGUCUUUGCAACAGACUAUGAAAAUUAUGCUGGUGUCUUCACCUGUCAGAAGCUGGCCUUUGCUCAUCGCCAGUCUGCAUCGAUACUGUCCCGCUCACCCACUCUCGACAAGAUGUAUGUUGAGAAGAUACGAAGCAAGUUGACCAGUUUUGGUGUUGAUCCUUUUGAUCUGAGCAUCAUCAAGCAAGAUGAGUGUCCGAAGGUGACAGAUGACAGCUAUAAUAUCAAUAUCAACCCAGAUACCUUCAGCCCUGGUAGUAUUGCCGGUGUUGUUCGUACAGCAGGAGAUAAGUUGGGUGAUGGUGUUGAAGUAGUUGCUGAAGGUGCCAAGAAGGUAUACCAUAAAGUCCGUGGAGAUCGGGAUCGGGAAGAAAUUAGCAUUUAUCAGCCAGAUGAGUCUGAGUGGCUUCCAUAAAUUGGUGAAUGUUGGGUAAUUAAAUUUUAUUCACCCUCUUCACAGACGAAUUUGAAACUUAACGAAAGAAUCAGUUUUUUGAAUCUGUUAUUGAUAGUAUAUUAGUUUAAUGGAUUUGUGAUACAGUUGGCUAAAGUAUAAAUGUAAUGAUGAAUUGAAAUGUAUCUGAUGGAAUUUGACUUGUUCUUGUACCAAUGGAUUCGUAUAAAUUGUUCCAGGAACAUGUGUUUUUGCUCAGUUUCUUGUUUCAGUAAAGGGUAGUGUAUGAACAUAAGUAUUCCAUAGCUUAUAGUUGAAACACUUAUCAAUUUCUAUAAUUUUUACUUUUAGUGAGUAAAAAAAUUGUGCCAUAUUAGCAUUUUGUGAUAUUGGAUAAUCACCCUUGCCAUUGUCACCAUCCUCUUUUGUGUACAUUUUGUUUCCUAGUGUAAAAUAGUUUGUAUUAGUUCUAGUCAAAAAGUGUUCUUGAAAUACUUCAGUACAUUGUCGAAUGUAAGAAAAAAUAAGGAAAAACUAGGCAUCUGUGCUACCUAUGAUAGUGUCAAAGUAUAAAUACUGCCUUCAGCAGAGACUUCUGUAAUAUAGAAUUUCUGUGUGUGCCUGUGGUUAUGUAAAUAAUAUGUCUGAAUGUGGAAGUAUAGAGAUCACUGUUUUGAGGUUUUGUGUUGAAUAAGACUCUCUCCAAAACAUAUGCCCACAUACAUCACACUUCGUAAUAUGCUGAUUCAUUUCAUUAAAUGUACAUACCAUUAACAAACAUAAAUCAGUUUCAUAAGUCUGUGAAGCCUAUGCCUAAUAUUAUGAAUUCAGUGACAUAUCACAGAGAAUUAUAAAAACAUAAUUUAUCUGCCUUGAAUUCUGCAGUUUUUAAAUAUAUUUAAUUGUAUACAGUACUUGACUUGUGUUGUUAAGCUGAUUAUUAGUUAAAUUAGUCUUGUUGAAAGAACAUUUUUUUAAUAAAAUUACCAUACUAGCAGAUGAUGUUACAGUAAUAACAUUUAAAAAGAAAUUUGUGUGGAACAGAGAGAGUUGUGUAAUUGUUGAACUUGUUGAUACAGUGUCAUUGACAGAUUUUUUUUAGAGGCUGUGUUAUUUUUUAAUAGGUGUCCUGCUUUGAUGAAAACAGAUGUACAAAGCAGAAAUACUUGAGAAUUUAUCCAAGUAAGGGGGUUUCUUUUGUUAAAUGGGCAUUAUGGAAAUGAAUAGUUUCCAAUAAUAUAGUGUGUGUGUUUUUGUUUGUUUUGAAAGGCCAAUUUCUUGUGCUAUGAAGGCACUUUGUGUUUUGCCUUUUUUUUUAGUAGAAAGGCAAUAUUUUUUUAGUGUAGCAGCCUCUGUGUAAUACUGGAUUGCUUCUGUGUUGGGAAACUAAUGGAGGGGGUUGGGGGGUGGGAUGUAGAAAAAAUUACACAGUAUGUGUGUGAAUUGGUAUGAGUUAUAUAUCAACAAGAUACCCUUCUAUGUUAAAUGGGGCAGCUUUUUGUAGUUAAUGUGGCAGCUUCUGCAACAAAGGAGUGAAUCUCCUGAGUAUGUGGACCAGCUUUUGUACUGAGUAGUGUAGCUUCUGUAUCUAGUUGGCCCACUUCUGUUUGAAGUAGGGCAGUUUCUGUAUCAAGUAGGGCAGCUUCUGCACCAAGCAGGGCAGCUUCUUCUUUAAGAGGGACAACUUCUAUAUUAAGUGAGGCAGCUUCUUUGUCAAGUGGGGCAGCUUCUUUGCCAAGAGGGCAGCUUGUAUGUCAAGUGGGGCAGCUUGUAUGUCAAGUGGGGCAGCUUGUAUGUCAAGUGGGGCAGUUUGUAUGUCAAGUGGGGCAGCUUGUAUGUCAAGUGGGGCAGCUUGUAUGUCAAGUGGGGCGGCUUGUAUGUCAAGUGGGGCGGCUUCUGUGUCAAGUGGGGCAGCUUCUGUGUCAAGUGGGGCAGCUUCUGUGUCAAGUGGGGCAGCUUCUGUGUCAAGUGGGGCAGCUUCUGUGUCAAGUGGGGCAGCUUGUAGGUCAAUUGGGGGAUCUUGUAUGUCGAGUGGGGCAGCUUCUGUGUCGAGUGGGGCAGCUUCUGUGUCGAGUGGGGCAGCUUCUGUGUCGAGUGGGGCAGCUUCUGUGUCAAGUGGGGCAGCUUCUGUGUCAAGUGGGGCAGCUUGUAUGUCAAGUGGGGCAGCUUGUAUGUCAAGUGGGGCAGCUUCUGUGUCAAGUAAGGCAGCUUCUGUGUCAUUUGGGACAGUUUCUGUGUUGUGUGUAAUAACUUUUGGGUCACAUGAGGUUGUUUUUCUGUCAAGUGGAAAAGCCUUUUGGUCAAGUGGGGCAGCUCUGUGAUCAAGUGGGGCAGCUUCUGUAUCACAUGGGACAGUUUCUGUGUUGUGCAGAAUAGUUUUUGGUUACAUGAUGUUGUUUUUCUGUCAAGUGGAAAAGCCUUUUGGUCAAGUGGGGCAGCUCUUUCAUCAAGUGGGGUAGCUCUAUUGUUAAGUGUGGCAUAUUCUUUGAUCAAAUAGGAUAGGUUUUAGGUUAGAUAAAACAGCCUUUUUAUGAAGUAGGGUAGCUUUUAUAUCAGUUGGACCAGCAUGGCGGUCAACUGGGACAGUUUGUGCUUAAAGAUGGAGUAGAAUCUCUUUAGUAAAUGGGCCAGCUUUUGCUCCAGGUGGGAUAGCUUCUGCAUCAAGUAAGGCAGCUUGUGUGUCAUGUGGGAGAAACACGUGGAUAAAUGGCACAGAAUUUGCAUCUAGCAAUGCAGUUUCUGUGUUAAAUGGGGCAGCUUUAGAGUCAAAUGGGGCAAGUUCGGUAUCAACUAUGGCAAUUGAUCAAUUAUGGCACCAAAGUAGACCAACUUUUCGUAACAUUUAUUUUCCUCAUUUAAAAUCUAGUAAACAUGUCAAGGGAGAAAUAAUUCUUGUGAAGUGGUGCAGCUAAUUGCUAUAAACAAUUGCAGCUUUGUAAUGAACUGAGACAGCUCUUUUACGACUAGGACAUAAUUUAUGUAAUAUGUGAUCACAUUUGGCAUAUUUUCUGAUCUUAGAGGCUCUUUUUAACUAUUAAAACCAUAGAACCAUUCUGUAACUAGUUUGUAAAUAGGUAUAGUGUGCUGUAAGGCUCCAUAGACGAUAUAAUAGUACUUGGUUACAUAGUAUUUUUGUUGUUUUAAUGGUACAUAUACAUCCUUAAAAAUAUUGUGGUUUGAAAUAUUAGGACAAUGUUGUUUGUUGGGGUGAAAUCAUAGUAAAAGAGAAGUUAACAGUUAUUUCAGAAAAUGGGAUGUAGGCAGCUCCAGUUACAUGAAAAGAUAGCAGUUUUCCGUGUAGAUUACUGUGCUGUUGCUGUCUAAAAUGAUGAGCUUCACUCAUAGGAACAUUUAGGGUGCUAGUGGGUAGCUAUUUCUAACAGAGUAAUGGUGUUCAAAACAAGUGUUGCGACAGUAGAGGAAUUUGGCAGUUUUGUUUCUGUUGAAAUCUUGAAUGAUGUUGCAACAGCACAAGAGAUUUAUGGUGUGAUUUAUUCAUAGAAAUUAGAACUUUUUCCAAUCCAUGGCUGUGUAAUGCAGCAACCAGUGGUAACAAUAUGAAAGAAAAAACAGUCUUGGUUGCAAAACUGCAGUUUGUUUUAUGUUUAUAGAAACUGUUAGCUACAUAUGUUAUUAGUAUUACAGAUGAAGGCAACUAUUCAAAAUUACUACUGUUGCUUAGUAGAAGGAGAAUGCUAUGAGACCUGUAGAUGUUAAUGAGAUUAAAUUAUGAGGUAGCUAAGACAUUUAAUAUGUAAUGGUGCUACAAUAAGAAGACAUUUAAUAUUUAAUGGUGUUACAAUAAGGAGAAUAAUUUAUUUGAUUUGAUGUGAUGAUGUCACUGAAUCCAUUCUGAAAAAAGAACACUUAUAGCAAGAGUCUUCCGAAAGAGAUUCUACUUUUUGUUAUAGUUAUCAUUUUACUGAUUAGUAAUAUUGAAUGAGUUGCAACAUAUGUAGAGUAGUGUGAAAUAGUGUUUCCUUAAUCAAAGAAUGAGUGUGUUUGUGUAUUAAUGUUAGCAAAUUUGUUAGGAACUUUGGCAUAUAAGGAGAGCAUCAUGCAAUGACUGAAGCUUGUGUAGAUAUGAUCUUGUAUUCCAAUAUGUUACUCUAUGAGUGACAAUGUAUAUGAUAAGUGGAAUGAUACAUGAAUUGUAAAUAAAUAAACAUAUUUUUGAAUUACA